GAGAUCUUAACCUUUAUAACCAAACUCUACUAAAAAAAAAAUUUCUGUUCCUAAAGAACCCUAGUCUUAAACUUUAAUUCGUCCGCGUUCAGAAACGUACUACACAAGCAACGAACAAACCAACCUUUGUCUUUUUCGCCGAUAAGGCUUUUGCAAGAUCUCCAAGGACAGAGAACUCUGCAGGAGAGGCAUACAUAAACAUAAAAGAAAAGAUGGGUUUUGAAAAGGGAACGUCAUUGUUGGAAGGUUUGAUAGACAAAGCUGGAGGUUGUGCUGUGAUCGAUGGGGGUUUUGCUACUCAGCUUGAGAAUCAUGGUGCUAUGAUUAAUGACCCGCUUUGGAGCGCUCUUUGCUUGAUCAAAGACCCUGACCUUAUCAAACGGGUUCAUCUUGAGUAUCUGGAGGCUGGUGCAGAUAUCUUGGUUACUUCAUCUUACCAGGCCACCAUUCCUGGAUUCCUGUCUCGAGGACUGUCCCUUGAAGAAGGGGAGUCAUUACUAGAAAAGAGUGUCAAAUUGGCUGUGGAAGCCCGUGAUAAGUUCUGGGAUGCUAGAGGGAGUAUUCCAGGAAAUAGCUACAACCGAGCUUUGGUUGCAGCCUCAAUUGGAAGUUAUGGAGCAUAUCUGGCUGAUGGUUCAGAAUACAGUGGAUACUAUGGACCAGAAGUAAAUCUGGAUAAGCUCAAAGAUUUUCACCGGCACAGAUUGCAAGUUCUUGUUGAAGCAGGUCCAGAUUUGCUAGCCUUUGAGACCAUUCCCAAUAAACUUGAAACUCAGGCCUGUGUUGAGUUGCUUGAGGAAGAAAACAUUCAAAUUCCAUCAUGGAUCUGCUUCAGUUCUGUUGAUGGUGAGAAUGCUCCAUCAGGAGAAAGUUUUAAGGAGUUGAUGGACAUAUUAAACAAGAGUGAGAAAGUAAAUGCAGUUGGUAUAAAUUGUGCACCUCCCCAUUUUAUUGAAAGCCUUGUCUGCAAAUUUAAGGAGUUGACAACCAAGGCAAUUGUUGUUUAUCCAAAUAGCGGAGAGAUAUGGGAUGCUAGGGCUAAGAAAUGGAUGCCAUCAAAGUGCUUUGGUGAUGACAAAUUUGAGUUCUUUGCAAUGAGAUGGCGUGACUUAGGAGCUAAACUAAUUGGGGGUUGUUGUCGGACAACACCAGCCACCAUUCGAGCCAUAUCGAAGGCUUUGAAAGAAGGGAUCUUAUCAAGUGAAGAUAGGUCAGUGAAUUCAUAGCUUCAGCUGUAGCCGCACUUUAUACAUUAAGCUGCUGCUCUUUAUAAUUUAAACGUUGUUGCCUGCAAUAGCAAUUUUUCUAAAUCUAAGUUUCUUUUUCUGUUUCCCAACUAUUCUUCAUUUUCGUUGUACGUGUAAGAAUAUUAGUAGAUUUAGUAUUAUCUAUUUCAAUGUUAAUCUGAAUUCCUGAUAUUGAU